GGUUGUGUUGUGUUGUGUGCAACAACAUCACAUGGAGGGUUGGGGGGAGGUGCUAUCUUCUUCUUCUUCCUCCUUCUUUUUCUAGUCAGCAGUAGUAGCUCUGAGCUUCAUCCUCCUCCUCACCGCCCAUUACCACCGGUCUAGUGCUUACCUCCCUCCCUCCCUCCACCAUAAUAACUUCAUCUCUCUCUCUCACACACAGACACAGUACUAUUGGAUUUUGAUUAAACAAAGUAAGGUCGGUCAGCUUGCUUCGGAAUCUCCAUGGGUAAGGAGAAAGAGAGAGAGAAAGAUCAAAAGAAAAUGUUCAUAGGAAUCGCCUGGAACUGUGCCGCCGAGCUUAAGUUCCUCGUCACGUCCGUUCUCUUCAUCUGCGCCUUAGUAACUACCCUACAAGUUCUCUCCUCCCGUUUCCCUCUAUACUCCUCUUCUUCGGACAUUCGUAACUGCCUCUCCACCGCUCCUCCCAUCACCACCGCCACCAUCGAUCUCGCCCUUUCUCCUCCUCCUUCCUUCCCCUCUCCUCCUCCUCCUCCUCCGCCUCGUCAGACCGAUCAAAUCCUCGAUGGCGGUAUAAUCAAGCGAGCUUUCAACCCAAUCGGCGCUGCCGCCUACAACUUCAUCCUCAUGUCCGCCUAUCGCGGCGGACUCAACACAUUUGCCGUCACGGGUCUAGCUUCUAAACCGCUCCACGUCUUUGGAAAGCCGACCUACCUCUGCCAAUGGCUACCCCGCCAUAACGCUACCGCUCAGCCUCCAAUAACUACCUCCGGAGUCCGCAUCCUUCCGGACUGGGGUUACGGCCGGGUCUACACAGUCGUAGUCAUCAAUUGCACUUUCUCCGUUCCCGUUGGCCACGACGGGUCCGGCGGCUCACUCCUCCUCCAUGCCUCCACCAACGGAGGUGGAGACAGGAUUAUGAACUCAACCGACACAUUUGAGGCGCUAAUCGAAGAGCCCGGAAGCAUGAAGCCCUCCUACUUCACAUCUCCGCCUAAAUACGAUUACCUAUACUGCGGAUCCUCUCUGUACGGAAACCUGAGUCCCCAGAGGGUUAGAGAAUGGCUGGCCUAUCACAUCCGAUUGCUGGGGGGAAAGUCUCAUUUCGUGAUUCACGACGCCGGGGGAGUUCAUCCGGAGGUAAUGGAGGUUUUGAGACCGUGGAUGGAGAAGGGAUACGUAACCCUGCAGGAUAUUAAGGAGCAAGAGAGAUUUGAUGGGUACUAUCAUAAUCAGUUCCUUAUUGUUAACGAUUGCUUGCACAGAUACAGAUUUGAUACAAAAUGGAUGUUCUUCUUCGACGUGGACGAGUUUAUAUUUGUUCCGGGGAAGAAUACUCUCAGAUCAGUUCUGAAUUCCCUCUCUACUUACACACAAUUCACCAUUGAACAGAUGACCAUUUCCAGCAAGCUUUGUCUAUCAGAAGACGCCGGCAAAACUUCCAGGAAAUGGGGAAUUGAGAAGCUGGUUUACAGAGAUAUGAAAAAGGGAAUAAGGAGAGACCGUAAGUAUGCAAUACAGCCGAGCAAUGUAUUGGCAACGGGUGUCCACAUGUCACAGAACUUGGUAGCAGGGUCCAAAACGACACAUAAGACAGAGGGGAGAAUAAGGUAUUUCCACUACCACGGGACCAUUGCCAACCGAAGAGAGCCUUGUCGACAGCUCGUCAAUGCCACAGACAUCACCGUGGAGGGGGUACCUUACUCGGUUGACAUGACCAUGAGGUCCGUAGCCGGAGCUGUGAAAAGGUUCGAGCUCAACACCAUUGGUCCAGCCUUACAGAGAACGCGCCAAUGAACACCAUCAUCAUCCACACCACUUACACCUCAGGCCUUGCUUUCUUAAUUUCUUUCUCUCUUUCUUUCUUUUCUUUCAGAUCAGAUGACAGACCACUGUAUCUUCUUCUGUAUGAUAGAAUAGAUAGAUAGAUAGAUAGAUAGAACAUAUCUCGACGACCAAGACAACAUUAUAGAUAAUAGGUGGCAGUAAAUUCUUUAUUUGUUCAUUAAUUGUGUUUGGUGGAGGAGGAGGAGGAGCCUUAGGAGGAGGAGGGGAGGGGAGGGUAUAUAUACCACUUAUGAAUUCCACCAUGUUUUGUUUUGUUUUGUUUUGUUUUUUUUUGCUUGUACCAAUGAAAUGAAAAUUUUGGCAUGA